AUGCAGCCCUCCGCGCAGGCGUUCCUCUUCCUGCUCCUCUGCUGCACCGCCCAGACGGCCAGCUCUCUGUCGCCAGCGACCCAGGAGUCGUGGCCUUGGAGCAAGAGGGAUACGCCCGCGCCGGCCCCAGCCGAGAAGGCUCCCGAGCCGGCCCCGGCCGAGAGGACCGAGCCGGCCCAGAUCGAGUCCGAGCUGGCCCCCGAGCAGGCCGAGCCGGCCCCCGAGAAGGCCGAGCCGGCCACCCAGGAGGCCGCGCUGGCCGCCGAGGUGGCCCCCGAGGCGUCCUCCGAGGCGGGCGCCGAGAAGGCCGAGCCGGCCGCGGAGAAGACCUCCGAGGAGGCCCCCGACUCUGCGGAGGCAUCGGACGCGGGGUCCACCAAGCUGCAGGAGCCGAGGCGGCCUGGGUGUUACAUGCGGAUGAACUCUGGCUGCCCCAACAACCCCAUGGACACUGCCCAGUGGAGGCGCGACACGUACGCGGAGAAGCGGGGCUUCGGCAAGGAGCGGUGCGACAAGCGCAAGAGCACGUGGAACAAUUACUGCGGCUCGGAGGACGCGCAAAUGGUGUACGUCGCCGGCGAGGCCCGCUCGGAGCCGCUGAGUGCGCUCCAGGUCUCCGCUUCGUCGCAGUGGCCCUGGAGCAGGAGCAAGAAGGCGGCCGAGGAGAAGCCAGCCGAGACCAUGGCGCCCGCGGCGGAGCGGGCGACCCUUGCCGCCGACAAGGAGAGCGCGGUGAAGAGUCCCACCCGUCCUGGGUGUUACAUGCGUAUGCCAUCUGGUUGCCCCAAGAAGCCGAUGGAGACUCAGCGGUGGAGGCACGACGUGUGGGCGGAGAAGCAUGGCCUCGACGAGGCAGGAUGUCAGAAGCGCGCGGCCAUGUGGAACGGCUUCUGCGAGUCUCAGGACGCCAUGAUGGCGUUUGUCCCUAGCGAGUGA